GAAAAGAACUGUUACGACCAAGGCAGCGAAACUCAGACGACACGCUGGGGGUACAGGCGGAGGUGAUCCCCUUCUCGAGGAGCUGGAUGAGUUGGAGAGGGAAUUGCUGGAUUUGUUGGGACCUGAAUCCUAUGGCAUGCCCAAUAUUGAAGAGGGCGGCUUCCCAUCAUCGAGUCGUUCUUCUUUCGCUCGAGGCUAUGAACCUGCUCAAAAGAGGAUGCGUAUGGAGAACAACCGUACGGUGAAGACGGCCACAUGCACAUCUGGUGCCUACAAUAAAAAUCCACUGCACAGCUUUGUUAAAUCAUCCUUCCGUUCAGCAAAUGUAUUCAACACAAUUAAUCCAGCGAGACCUCCACCCAAUUAUCCCACCAAUGACGUCACUCAUUGUCCUUUGGACAAAUAUCAGCGCAGCUCAUUCCACACCUAUGGUGCGAAAGGUUCCUCCAGUCGUCCUAGUGAAAAUUCCUUGAGGCACAAUGGAAGGGACACUCACGACAAGAAUGGCUCACGUAUAUCCGAUCGAUCUUCUAAACUUGGAGAAUUCUGAUGAUGAAGAAUAUCGACUGUCCAAAUCCUCGAAUCAGCACAAGCACGAUAAGGGAUUGAAGCGAUUGGGGCUAAACGAGACUCAUCAUGCAGACUUUAAACGCCAACCAUCGUACGUUAACCUGGAACAACUGGAUGAAGUGGAGGAGUUUCCUGAUAUUUCCAAGUACAUUGAUUCCUGGGACGUUGAUCCUCCAGAACAAUGGUCAGAUGACAAUGCAAGCCAUGGUCCAGAGAAGACCUCCGAUAAGCCUCAACUGAAGACAUCUGAUAAAUUUCAAGAUAAGACAUCUCAUGAGGCCCAAGCGAAGACGUCCGAUAAGCAUCACGUUACAACCAAAGCUAUGAAUUCAGCUACAAAUAUCUCGGAUCCAGCCAAAACUGCGGUGGAAUUGUUGGGAAGUAAAAUGGAACGCAAAAAAGAAGAGUCAGAAGCAGCAAGAAAAUACAGGAAGAGGAAAUUGGAGCUGAAUUUGAAAAUUUUUGACUUCGAGCAGGAGAAAUUCAAAGCUGAAGGGCAGAGGCACGAGGAACUCCUCUCUGCUCUCAAUUAAAUGAAUGGCACUCUUGUUGAUUUGCUAAAUCAAAUUUCAUAAAUGGGAUUGUGUUCGUUGAGGAGCAAGUACUUCCUGAUAGGGCUUCAAGGGGGAUGAUUUUUUAUUUUAUUCCUCAUUUCAAACGACAAUUCGCGAGAUCAGAGUGUUUUCUUUUCAGGGGAUAAAGUGUCUCCUUGAGGAUAAGUUAUUUUGAGGGCACAUUUUUUUCUAAUUUCAAAUUUUUUCAAAUCAAAUGAAAUUUCAAUAGAAAUUUCAUUUGAUUAGAGGGUUUUUUUUUCAAGAAAUAGAGCGGCUUCGUGAGGAUGAGAUUGAGAGCAUUUGAUUUAUUUCUUGACGUCUUGUCAUUUCUGCAUAUGACUUGUUAUGUCAUUUAUCGAUGAUGUACUGAUUAUAAUAAUGUAAUGAUCAAAAAUGUUACAGAUUUGUAUUUUUUCCAAAAUCAUCCUAAUAAAUCCUAACUUUGAAUAGGGACUACUUAAA